GGCGGUUCCCCUCUAUUGAUCGAAUUUGACCUGCGAAGUUUCCCCUAGCGUGUGCGGUAGUGGCGGCCGGCAGUGGCUCUCGCGCUUACGUUCCUCGGUUAGUGCGGUAAAUAAUCGCGAUACCUCGGCAUGGCUACUCCGACCGCUUGCACGCGGUUUAGUGACAACUAUGACCUCAAGGAGGAACUGGGCAAGGGUGCCUUCUCGGUGGUUCGACGAUGCGUUCAGAAGAGCACCGGUCACGAAUUCGCCGCGAAGAUUAUAAACACGAAAAAGCUGACGGCAAGAGAUUUUCAAAAGCUCGAACGCGAGGCACGAAUAUGCAGGAAGCUGCAGCAUCCAAAUAUUGUGAGAUUACACGACAGCAUACAGGAGGAAAACCACCAUUACCUCGUCUUUGACCUAGUAACCGGCGGCGAACUGUUCGAGGAUAUCGUGGCGCGAGAAUUCUACAGCGAAGCGGACGCAUCUCAUUGUAUCCAACAAAUCCUGGAAAGCGUUCACCACUGCCAUCACAAUGGAGUUGUGCACAGGGACCUGAAACCCGAAAAUUUACUCCUCGCAAGUAAGGCGAAGGGCGCGGCUGUGAAAUUAGCGGACUUCGGAUUGGCGAUCGAGGUGCAGGGUGAAGCACAGGCAUGGUUCGGUUUCGCCGGGACGCCGGGUUACCUCAGCCCGGAAGUACUCAAGAAAGAACCAUACGGCAAGCCAGUCGACAUCUGGGCGUGCGGUGUCAUUCUUUACAUCCUCCUGGUCGGUUAUCCACCAUUCUGGGACGAGGAUCAGCAUCGAUUGUACGCGCAGAUCAAGGCCGGAUCAUACGACUAUCCAAGCCCAGAAUGGGACACCGUCACGCCGGAAGCCAAGAACCUAAUCAAUCAGAUGCUGACGGUGAACCCGAGCAAAAGGAUCACCGCCAGCGAGGCACUGAAGCACCCGUGGAUCUGCCAACGUGAACGUGUCGCGUCCGUCGUCCACAGACAAGAGACUGUGGAUUGCUUGAAGAAAUUCAACGCAAGGCGCAAAUUAAAAGGCGCUAUUCUGACGACCAUGUUGGCGACGAGGAACUUUUCCAGUAAGUAUGAUGCACAGGGUCGGAGCAUCAUCACGAAGAAGGGCGAUGGCUCUCAGGUGAAGGAAUCGACCGACAGCAGCACAACGAUCGAGGACGAUGACGUGAAAGAGGAUAAGAAGGGCGUCGUCGACCGGAGCAGCACGGUCAUUGCCAAAGAACCCGAAGCUGGCAGCGCAGGAAGUGCUAGCAGCAGUGGUAGCAGCAGCAACAGCCAGAACAGCCAGACUGGCGCUUCACCAUCUUCGCCAGCGGCCGUCUACAUCGGCAACAACCACGUGGCGACGCCCAUGGUAUCGUCGCGACGCUACGACUCAUCGAACAACGAACUGGAGAUUCGACGCGUGGGCGGUUCUGGAUAUAUGCCACUCGGUCAAGCCGAGUGGUGCGACCCAGAAGAUGGUAAGAAGAACACCAACGCCGGUAAGGUCGCAGAGAAGUCGAAAAAUAAGAUGGACGAGGAAGCCUGCUCGAAGCUUAAGCGGUGUUGCUUGUUGUCGUGAAGUUUUUCGAGUCUCGCGACGCUGUACGAUCAAAUGAUAAAACUUUUAUCACCACCGAGAAGAUUUUUCUUCGAUUCUUUCACUUUGUCCAAUUUUUUUUUUCGCUUCUUCGAGAUUCUUCUACCUUUUCAAAAGUAAUUAAGAUCCAUUCAAGCUCGAAUAAUCGCGUAGUCGGUAGGAAAAAUUUGUGUAUUUUCAUUCAUUGCGAGAAGACGAAUGUUUAUGCAAAUUUAUGUCUUUGUGCAUAAUAAAGAAAUGAAAUCGUCAUAACGUCGUAACGAAUACUACGUUUUCAAUAUUUUACGUAUUUUUGCCUAGCGCAUGUGUUCUGUGCGUUUUCGCUUUGGAAUCUCUUAAAGUAAAUACAUAAUUUAGAGCAAUUUAAUUAUAACAAAUAGAAAGACAAUUGUCUUGUAAAGAAGACAUAACAGUAAAAUCGAAGACUAGUUUUAACAUAUCAAAGUAUUAAGUAUGCAACGUUGUAUAUACUCGACAUCGAGUGUGAAAUGGUUAAAGAAGAAUCGAAGAUGGUUUUUUUAAUUUGAAUAUAGACACCGACUUAGAGAAAAAUUUGUUGAAUAUAACUAUUGAAAACUGUUAGUGAAAGAUCAAUUUUGUAGAAGUUUCUGAGAAUCGUACGGUGUCGCGAACAGGCUCUCCGCAUGUCUCUUGUUUUGCUUUUUCAAAAUCGUUCCUUUUUUGGAUAUUCCCAGUUUAUGGAUGCCAUAAUUUUUUUUCUUAGUAGACCUCGUUGAAUUGAUCCGUGACACGAUAAAAUUAUCCUUAAUUUCCUCCAUAGAUCUUUAAUAGAAUUAUACGUAAUAAUCCUUAGACUGUUGUCAAUAAUUGACAAAUUAUUAAUAAUAUUAAUUAUUAACAUCAAUAAUAAUAUAAUUAUCAAUAAUUCUAAAGCUCAUUUAUGAGAAUUGAAGUAAAAAUUUCAAUUUUCAUCGUGUCACGGGGUUUCUGUCGCGAGUAGUCACAGUUUUAUUUUGGACGGCAUCCCGCAAGUAGUAAGUAUCGAUUUUGAUCGGACAAGGAGCACAUCGACAGGCACGCAACGUCGUGGAGGGACGUCUCGCAGCGUUUGACCUUCGUACUACUAGAAUCUUCGUGAAAAAUGAAUAAUCCCGAUAUUCUAAGAUAUUUCCUCCUCCCUUUUCUUACAUCGAACAAACACACGCUCUGACAAUCGUCGUUGUACGAGACGGAGCAUGCGAACCGAACAGAAUUCUCGCGAAUCGAAAUUGUCUUUGUGCGUCCCUCAUUACUCGCCCUGUAUUAUAUAUCGUCGUAGAAUUUAAUGCGCAAGCAGGCGCCCGUAAAAUAUCAUUUCCCCAUAAAAGAAAUGUUAAAACGCUUUACAAAUAUAUUUUGUUAGUACUAAAAUUCACACUGAAGGUUAAAUAGAUAUUAGAUGAUUUAAAAGAAGGUUAAACAUUAUUUAUUGAAAUAAUUCUUUGAAUUGUUCACAGUAAUUAUUUGCUGUAUCCUACUUGUAGACAAAUUGUAGGCACGUUAGAGAUUCGUAGAUUUUUAAUUUUGACAACUAAAUGAUAUUAAACACGCGAGGAAAUAUUUUCAUUUCUUUUCGAUGCUCGAUUUGCCUGAAAAAUACCUUCGCCAAUAAUGAAGAGUUUUAUAAACUUUGAUAUUAGGUGUAAUUAUCAUCGAUCGAUUUAGGAAACAUCCUUUGUCAAAUCCAAGUCCACUGAAAAAUAAGUAAAAAUUCGUUUAAAUUACUUCGUAAAUGAAGCACCUUGUACCCUUUCGCAGUAAAUUUAAUUUUAUUAAUUUAAAUAUAAUUUCGAUUAAUGCAGAAAAUAUUCUUCGUCAAAUUCGAAUGCAUUAAAGAGUCGUCAUCGAUCAAAUGUU